AUGCCUAGGGCCUUAUCAAUAAAAUUUGACAAUACGUAUAUGGACCUUUACGAUGAAUUACCGGAAAGUAAACUCCUUUAUGAUGAAGAAUUUUCAUAUCUUUUGGAUGCAGUAAGGCAAAAUGGUGUCUGCGUCGUAGAUUUUUUAACACUCACUCCGAAGGAAUUGGCAAGGCUAAUACAAAGGUCGAUAAAUGAGGUUUUCAGAUUUCAGCAAUUGCUUGUUCAUGAAUAUAAUGAAAAGUACUUAGAAAUCUGUGAAAAAAACUCUAUCAGCCCAGAUAACGGUCCUGAGUGUUUCACGACUGCUGAUGUAGCUAUGGAUGAAUUAUUAGGUGGAGGCAUAUUCACGCAUGGCAUUACAGAAAUAUUCGGAGAGAGCUCUACUGGUAAAUCUCAAUUACUUAUGCAGUUGGCGUUAAGUGUCCAACUUUCCGAACCUGCGGGAGGGCUUGGCGGCAAAUGUGUAUAUAUUACCACUGAGGGCGAUUUACCAACUCAGAGAUUGGAAAGUAUGCUAUCGUCUAGGCCGGCUUAUGAAAAACUAGGUAUUACACAAUCAAAUAUUUUCACCGUCAGCUGUAACGACCUAAUAAAUCAGGAACACAUAAUCAAUGUUCAGUUGCCUAUUUUAUUAGAGAGAUCUAAGGGUUCAAUAAAAUUGGUGAUAAUAGAUUCGAUUUCUCAUCAUUUGAGGGUGGAGCUUCAGAACAAGUCCUUCAGAGAAUCCCAAGAAAAUAAAAACUAUCUGGAUAGGAUGGCAGAGAAGCUCCAAAUACUGGCCCACGAUUAUUCAUUAUCCGUUGUGGUGGCUAAUCAAGUUGGGGAUAAACCACUGGCUAACAGUCCAGUGGCACAUAGGACAUAUGUAACUGAUUAUGAUUAUCAGCUAGGGUGGCUAGUUGGCUGGAAGAACUCAACCAUUCUUUAUCGGCAGAUGAAUUCGCUGCUUGGAGCAAGUUCCAAUAACGAUGAAAUUCUAUCAGACGAUGAAGAUUAUAUGCUAAUCGAGAGAGUUAUGAGCACUGUAAAUGACCGGAAUUAUGAUUUUUUUUCAAAAAAGAAACCACCCAUAAUUGAGAAUAAAACCGUUGAGCGAAAUUCAUCAAGUCCUAUCAGUCGACAAAGUAAGAAACGGAAAUUUGACUAUCGUGUCCCCAAUCUCGGUUUGACUUGGUCCAAUCACGUUUCAACACGAAUAUUACUUCAAAAAUCUUUCAAGGCUUCAACAAUAAUUCAAAGAGGUGAAGCUCAUCUUUAUAAGGGAGGUGAUUCGGCAAGCUUCUGGCAAGUUAAGAGGACAAUGAAAGUGGUAUAUUCCACAUUCGCUAAGCCUGGUCAAAUUGCAUAUCAAAUUACUAAGCGAGGAAUAGAAACAGCCUGA